AAACCACAAAAAAGAUAGAGUUUAGAUAGUGAGAUUAGUGAAGGAAGAAAAAGAGGAGUGAAAAUGGUGGGUAGUAUUAGCAAUAGUAGUUUGUUAAGAUCUUCAACAAGCUCUUUUUUAUUAUUACCAACUAAACUAUCAUUAGGCAACAUGAUUAAGUUGCACCCAGUUUCUGCUUCUUUUUCAUCUCAAGUUGUUCAUCCCAUCAAGUCAGAGAUGACACUUUAUGUUGGAACACAUCUUAUACCUCAUCCUAAUAAGAUUGAAAGAGGAGGAGAAGAUGCUUUCUUCAUAAGCAGCUAUAAUGGAGGAGCUAUAGCUGUUGCUGAUGGAGUAUCCGGGUGGGCUGAACUGAAUGUUGAUCCUGCAUUGUUUUCAAAGGAGCUAAUGGCUAAUGCUUCGUCUAUGGUGGAAGAUACAGAGGUAAAUUAUGAUCCACAGGCUUUGUUGAGGAAAGCACAUGCUGCUACCUCUUCUAAAGGUUCAGCAACAGUAGUUAUCGCGAUGAUGGAAAGAAAUGGGAUUCUUAAGAUAGCAAAUGUUGGAGAUUGUGGACUGCGUGUUAUCCGCAAAGGACAAAUAAUGUUUUCAACUUGUCCUCAAGAACACUACUUUGAUUGUCCUUAUCAAUUGAGCUCGGAAACUUCUGGUCAAACAUAUCUAGAUGCUUUGGUGAGUAGUGUAAAAUUGAAGGAAGGAGACAUUGUAGUCAUGGGAUCUGACGGGCUUUUCGACAACAUAUUUGAUCGGGAAAUUGUAUCAACUGUUGCCAGCAACAACGACGUUACAGAAACUGCCAAGGCAUUAGCUAGGCUAGCUAGAGAUCACUCAAUGGACUCCAAUUUCGAUUCUCCAUAUUCAUCAGAAGCUCGGACAAAGGGUAUUGAUGUGCCAUCUUGGAAGAAAUUUCUAGGGAUGAAGCUAACAGGGGGGAAACUGGACGAUAUCACCGUUGUCGUCGGUGAAGUUGUAAAGCUUACAGAAAGCUCUUCGGAUGAGGCUUAAAUCAACAAGUUAAACCAAAGGUUGUCAAUUCUUCAGGUGAAGGAGGUGGUGCAAUUUUACUGAUCUCUAUUCUUGUAUUCGAAAUCUCAAUUUGUGUUGAACAAUGUGAGAGCUAAAACUGAGAUCUGGAAAAUGUGGAUUACAGAUUAACAUUGGUUGUAUUCUUUUCAACAGCUUCAACAUCUUCUUGUAAGGGAUGAUAACUUUACCAAUUUUAAAAGAACAAGCAAUGUAAGAACCGACUAGUGAAGAUUACCGAUG